UCCGGGUGCAGAUGGGGAGUAGAUUACGGCUUUGCUCUGGCCCCUCGCACUGCAAAAGAAAGGAGUCAUUGAACACCAGCCUCCCUCAAAACAUCCCCUCCCUGCACCGGCACCUUCCACUGAAGAGGAAGGAAAAGCGAAUCUGCAGAGACCUUCGGUGGCCGACUGAGGAAGGGGGAGGGAGGCAGGGGGGCCGCCAUCCGAUUCCCGGUGCAGAGAGGAAUCCGUCCCAGCCGUGAAGGGGACAGAGGAGGACGGAUCCACGGAGCCCAGCCGUGCUCCAGGACUCGGGAACUUGCUGGAGUCUCGUAAACGCAGCACGUCAGUCAUAAUGCUGCUUUUCUGGGUGCUGGGCACUUUCUUCAUGUCUGUAGUGGUGGUGCCCAGCUUCUGCCAAAGCGGGGAUGGGGACCUGGGUUCAGGGGGGGUCUAUCUGAAUAUGAGCCAAGGUCCUUUCAUCGAGCCCAAGGAUGCUCCAAAUGAGAGCGAACUGGACCAGGAGACAGACCCUGACCGCUGCUCUGCAAGCUUCUACAGGUGCCCUGCCUCCGCCCGCCGGCUCAAAGCCAUGAGGGAUGAGGUUAACUACCUCCAGGCCAUCCAGCAUGGCAACCAGGCUGUGAUGGAGAACCUGAUCCAGUAUGUUAGCACUGAGAUGGGCGAUCAGAGCUACCAAGAGGUGAUCCAGGAGAACAUUGUUGGAAUCAAAGAAGACCACCUUAAUCUGGAGGAGGUGGUUAAGAAGAUUGUAGAAGAUUUGGAAACCCAGUUGGAAGGAGGUAUCCUGGAGUCAUUGGCAGAGAAAAACAAAAUUAACGAGGAAUCCCUGGCCAUUGAGACCAUGCUGUCUACGGCUGCACGCGUGGCCCAGAAGCUGGAGGGCUCGGCACAGACACUCUACUCUUCUUUCAACAAGCAGCUAAAACGGCCGGUCGUCACUCUCCGCUGAGUCCUCAAAACUCACUCUCUGUUUGCUGUGCUUGGAAAUAGCACGAAUGUCUUAAUGACUUGUGGUUUUACCUGGUUCACUACUGCCUGCAUUGUACAGUGAGUGCAGCCUGGCAAGGCGCUAAUUCCGUUUUAGCCAGCAGGAGCCUGAACAGGAGAGAACAAGGCUGGACCAGACUAAAUUUACUUGUUUUCCUAUUAUAAUUAUGAACUGCGGGCUUGAAUGAUGUACGUAUGUUGUGUGGGGAUGCAGUAAAACACAGCUGUGGUCACAGACCUAGUGAAAAUAAGUAUUAAACCUUACGGCACAGCAUCCAGAAACUGUCCGUUAAGAACAGCAAUGAAUAUCAACAAAAUAAUACAGUUUUUUUAAAUACAAAAGCACAAUCCCAGUUGGGUUCAGAUUUAUUGCACAAAUCAGGCCCUUCCUUGGGAUUUCCCUCAAAUGAAAAGCUUUUGAUUUUUGCUUCACAUUUUUAUAACACAAACGACGAGGGACAUGUACUAUAUUAAGAGCUAUAUAAAGAAACAUUUUUCAUUAAAAUAUGACAACUCCCUAAAUCACUGGAGAAAUGUUCUGCAGAGUAAAUGUACUGGUGUACUUGAGUUUCUGUUACUUCACUUUUACACCAUAUACUGAAAUCACAUGAAACUUUGAACGGUUUAAAGGAAAAGGUGACAAAAACUCUGCGGACUGUCACAGAUUCUUGCCGUCUUUAGUACAGCUGGUGACGGCAGAACAAACUGGCAUGACUGAUAUGUUUGGAAACACGGAAGCAGCAUCUUUGGAAUAUACAGCAUAAUGUACUUUGCACAUUUAUACAGAGAAGGUAUGAGGAGCUGUAAUCUUCAAAGAUUAUUUUUCACUGAGCAGCAAAAUAUACAUAAAUGACAGCGUCAUAUUUUCAGCAUUUCCCAUAAUUGUAUUAUAUCUAUAUAAUUGUUUUUUUUUAACGAACAAGCAUUAUUUGUAUGAUAAAUAAUAAUUUAAUAACAAUAAUAACUUGUAUUAUACAAAUACAGCAGGAUUACAACUGAUGUUGAUAAAACACAUUGAUAAACUACAUAAUUUGGGGUGCUGGGCUACACUCUUACAAAAAUAUGCUUUUUAUCAUAAUACCUUAUGCUUGUUGCAUUUAUUGAACUAGAUUUUAUAGAUGAUUGUAUUUUGGCUGCUGUGGAUCAUCGUGGGUUCGGUUAGUCUCAGCUCAGCUUCCCAAGAGCCGGACUGGGACGGACAGGGACCCUGAGAACAGCCCAUAACCCUGAGUUCGGGGGGGUGUGGGGCAGUGUCGUGUGCGGGUAAAUCGUGAAGGUCAGCCUACUUUUACUACCUCUACACACCCGUUGUGUCGGAUGUCAGCUUUGUGGUCCAAGGUCAGCUGCGGCUGCAUUUGCAAAGAUACUCAGAGCAUGUCCGCAUUAAAAUGCAUUUCUAUGUAUUUCUAUGUUGAGCCCCAAUAAACUUUUCAUUUACCGUGCAUCAUAAA